AUAAUUAAUGAUUGAUAUCUUAUUCUUAAUUGAAUUUUCUUCUCCUUUUAAACGUAACACUGCUCGUUAUCUCUAGUGUGUGCGUGCGGGUUUUGGUGUUUGUGUGUGUGAAGAAAAACAAGAACAAGAACAAUAGAGAUAAAGAAGAACGAAGAGAAGAAAAAGGAAGCAAUGGCAAAGGUAAGAGAUAAGCUAUACGUCACUGUUCCGAGUUUAUUCCGAUGCCCAAUUUCGAUGGAUGUGAUGAGGUCUCCCGUAAGCCUAUGCACCGGCGUCACAUACGAUCGGUCCAGCAUCCAGCGCUGGCUCGAAUCUGGUCAUGACACGUGUCCUGCCACCAUGCAGGUCCUCCCUUCCAAGGACUUCAUCCCAAACCUUACACUCCACCGCCUCAUCCGCCUAUGGCUCCUCUCCGCUGCCGGAGAACCUUCAUCGCCAUUGGAGACACGGAUCUCCGCCGCAAGCGACCGCCUCCGCGCUCUCCUCGCCGGAAUUCAAACCGACGCCGAGGAUUUUGCCGCUUCGCUCUCUGAGCUCGCCGAAUUUUCAAGAUUCUCCGCCGAAAACCGCCGUGUCCUGGUGAGCUUCCCAGGAUUCGAUUCCGCCAUCACUCGCGCCCUCGCCGGAAGCAGGUCGCGGAUUGAAGCUUUGGAAAACGUGAUCGCGGUUCUGGAUUUGGUUCUCAGGGAGAACGGGAGCUCCGAUUCCGGUGGCGUAGAGAGGAUCCGACGGUCUAUACUCGAUUGUCGCGAAGAUUGCUUAGCAGCGAUCGCUUUUGCUCUUGAGAAUGGAUCUGCGAAAUCGAAGGUCGCAUCGGUUAGAGUUUUGGAAUUUCUCGCAGGCGAUUUUCAAUCCAAGCGGUGGAUCGCAGAAACGCGAGGCUUAUUGUCACAGCUCGUAAAGCUUCUGUACGACGGAACUGAGGAGCUAAACGGCGCCGUUUUGUCGCUUUUGGCUUCGGUUUCGGUGACUCAGUCUGCGAAAGCCGAGCUUGUUCGUUCCGAAAUCGUCAAGGCCUUGUCGAAGACGCUGCAGAGCGGCGCCUCCAGCAGUUCCAUGGCGGAGAAGUGCCUGAAAAUGCUGGCGGUGGUGGCGACGUGCGCUGAUGGUAGGGCAGCGAUGGGCGGAGAUCUUUCAUGCGCUGCGGCAGUUGUGGAGAGACUGGCAAAGGCGGGAAAGGCGGCGACGGAGGACGCGGUGGCGGUGCUGUGGAGCCUGUGCUGCCUUUGCGGUAACGAAAAGGUGAGGGAUGAGGUGGCGAAGCGAAACGGCGUCGCAGUGGUGCUUUUGGUUAUGCAGAGAGGAUGUGAGGGUCACGUGAGGAGCAUGUGCGUGGAUUUGAUUAAGGUUCUGAGGAAAAUCGAGUUGCCAUUAGCACUAAGAUUGAGUUAUGACACUAAAACUACUCAUAUUAAACCAUGCUAAAUGCUCUAAUUACUGUUGUAAUUAACGUGAAUCCUAAUUUAACCAUCUUUUUGCAUGAAAA